AUGGUGGGUACGAACGCUCCCUCUGCUCAAGCCUCCUGUGUGCAGCACGUUGGCGGUGCUCGCACCUCUGUGCCUCGCCGUAGAGUCACCAGUGGCGGCGGCGCCUCGAACUCCGCUGCUCAGCGCCCCAGGGGCAUGCCUGCCUCCUCCCAGGGGAUUCUCAGGUUCUACACUGACGAUACUCCAGGCCUUAAGAUCGGACCCCAGACGGUUUUGAUCAUGACUCUCUGCUUCAUGGCGUGCGUCGUUCUCCUCCACAUCGCGGGCAAAGUCCACCAGACCUACGGCGGCGAGAACUAA